AAAAAGACUCCUAGGAGUAUGUGGGUGCAAGCAAAAAUGGACACGCCUCUGAUUUCCUUUGUCUCUUUGCUGUCUGGUGUCACAUUCCUAUUGCUAAUUCCUGGAGAUUCCUGUGUAGAUAUCAUUGGAGGCAAUGAAGUAUCUCCUCAUUCAAGACCCUACAUGGCCUUAAUCACUUCAGGAAAACAAAUCUGUGGAGGAGCUCUGAUCAAAAAAGAUUGGGUGAUAACUGCAGCUCACUGUUCUAUAGAAAGAAAAACUCAGGUUGUUCUUGGAGCUCACUCGAAAAGCAAGAAAGAACCAGAAAAACAGACGAGAAGCGUUAAGAAAGAGUUUCCCUAUCAAUGCUAUGACAAAGAAACACAUGAAGGUGAUCUUAAACUUCUUCAGCUGAAUGAGGAAGUGAAGAUUACGAAGGCUGUAGAUGUACUGGCUCUGCCCAAAAGUGGAAAAGACGUCAAACAGGGGACUGAUUGCCAAGUUGCAGGAUGGGGGAAAACAGAUGUUAAAUCCAAAAAGCCUUCAGACACUCUGAGAGAAGUCAAUGUCACUGUGAUUGACAGAAAAACCUGCAAUGAUAAAGAUCACUACAAUCUUAAACCUUUUAUUGGACCAAACAUGAUUUGUGCUGGAAAUACAAAGGGUGGGAAAGACUCAUGUAAUGGAGAUUCUGGCGGCCCUCUGAUAUGCCAAGGCAGUUUUACAGGAAUCACUUCCUUUGGUUCGCCUGGAAAAUGUGGUGAUCCCCAAAAACCUGGUGUCUACACUUUUCUUUCAGCGAAAUACAUCAACUGGAUAAAGAAUACCAUCAAGGGAGCUUACCCCACUUUGUCUCAGUCCCUGUGAUUCCUUAAUGCUAUCCUCAACAAUUGGGACCUUAGAGAAAAUUGUUUCUUUUCCUGAAGAACAAGUAAAUUUAAGCCAAGACUCCACUGGCAAAGUGAAGCUAAGAACUGAGAGUAAUUUAGAUAAAUCAGAUUUUUUAAAAAACAGAUGUUAAGUGAAAAGUGGGAUUUUGCCUUAUUAAUAUCAGAUAACUGUCUGUUAUAAUAACUGUCAUCAUUGAUGGUGAUCUGCCCCUUCCAUGUGAGAAACAGAAAAGGCAUGGACAGCUCUGAUAUCCUGCUUGUGCAGCAUUAGAACAAUUCACCUUUCCUUAGGUAGUAUUAAGUAGUAGGAAGGUUGUAUUUGCUAGCAAAGGACAAUUUGGGGUAUCAUUUAAACUAAGAGGCUGAUCGUUCACACGAAGACAUUCAAUCAUCAAACUAUUUAUAUUUACUUUAGCAAAGCUGUCUCUAUACCCCAACCCCCAAAUUCAUUAUCCUGAUUCUCCACAGCUUUUCUAGACCAAGUUUAGAAGAAGGGAACAAGCAUUUAUAUAGCACCUACUAUGUACCAGGCACUUGAUUGCCAUAAAAACAUUGGAAAUGUGGGUGUUAUUAUUGACUUUUUCCAGUUGAGGAAAGAGAGGUAAAUAGAGAUUAAAUGACUUGCCCAGGAUCACGGAGGUAAUAAGUGCCAAAGGCUAGAUUUGCACUCAAAUAUUCCUGAUUCCAGGCCCAGUGCUUUAUCUACUGUGCUAUCUAGCUCCCUCACAGCCUUGUAAAUAUGGAACUCAGAUUUAGAAACACCAGUGAUAGCAUUUUUGUGGCAUCAAACUAGUAUCUAUUAAACUGAGUUGCCCAUAUAUCAUUUUUCUCAGUCUAAUUCACCUGAUUCUAGUGCUUAACUUUAAUAUCAGCCUUGUUAGUCUCAAAACCAGACUAGAAUACAGAAUAUAUGGCCACGGCAAGAGGCAGCAUGUUAAAAUGAAAAAGUGUUGGACCUAGCUUCCUGGUCACCUAAAACAACCAGAAGUUUAGCCCCUAACCUCCUGAACCUCCCUCAAGUUUCUGAACACAGACCAACAGCAUAACCAGCACCAGCACAAGAGAACUGAAUCAAGGCUCUACUCAGGAGUGUGCCAGUGACAACUGGCUCUCCAGGGAGGAAAAAUGUAUGCAAGACACACCUUUAAAUUUAAUCUAUAUUACUAACAUUGUAUCCACCACUUUCUUAAGACUAGACAAUCGAUAAAAUAAUAAAUCAAAACCUGAUUUGUAGUUUGUGGUUUUCCAAUGUGUAAAUAUUUAUGGCUCUCAUGGGGAGAAGGAGUGGGGAGGAAUGAGCUGGGUCCAGUACACACCAUUGGCUAUGUCCUUAAAAAAUGUAUUUUCCCUUCUCUGAAUAUCCUUCCUUUGCUAUGAUUAACUAAAUAAACCUCAUUUUGCUCAUUGUUA